AUGCGAUUUCUGCAGACCGAGUGGCACAGACAUGAACGAGACCGCAAUGCGUGGGAAAUAGAGCGUGAAGAGAUGAAGAACCGAAUAGCCAUUCUCGAAGGCGAGACGAGGACAAGCAAAGGCUUGCGGACCUCGCUCGAAAAGCAUGUUAAGCUACUGGAAAUCGCCCUCAGAAAGGAACGCGAAAAAGCCCGGAGUCUCGCCAAAGGCGAGGCCGUCGAUGCCGCGAAGGACCCCAAGGAGAUAGCCCGGGAGGAAUUGAAGAGGAUUGGAAAAGAAUCGCUUUUGAAGAACAUCAGCCACCUUGACGCCCAAAUCGAUCCGGACCAUCAUCUUGCACAGGGCAUACGACAAGAAAAAGAGCGCGAUAAGUCAAAAGGCUACCUAUCCAAGUGCUCCUCUGAAAUCAUGUACCACGUCCUACCUACGAGUCAUAUCCCACCGGAGGUGAACGAGUCUCGUCCUUCGAGCAACACGAAUCAUGUCUUUCCAGGUCGGCAACCGUCGCAGCAAGAGCUUGAGGACGCCUACUUGCAAUUACAGCAGAUCAAGCAACAACAGCACCGGAACGUGGCUAUGGUCAGGGAAAGCGCUACACAACAACGCCCACAUUUGGACGAGCCUACGUCGCUCACACGUACCAACACUCAGAUCAAUACGGAAGAAUUGCAAAGAGAUCCAGUUGAAAGAAGGCUGUCAGAGCAGAUGGUGCAUUCCGUACCUGUUUUGGAGCCGCAAAAGAACUUCUUCAACGAGCAACCCCCUGUUACUGAAGACCAAGUUGAAUCCAUAUCUCACAGUUUUGAUUCUUAUGGCCGGGAAAUUUCGCUGAAAGACUUGAAUGAGAUGCGGGCGGUCCAGGAGUCCAAGCAGGAAAUGGCGGACGGCUGGGAUUUCGACGAAGGCCCUGCACCUCCGGACAAACCAACCGAUGCGCCACCACAGUAUAGGCCAGAUACGGAGGUAUUCCCCAGCGCGCAUCUUAUCCCGUCAAAGUCUCCGCCCCGACAUCCUGGAUCGUACCGAAGAAAGAGUUCAGGGGGGAGACGACGUAGCGAGGGCAGCAGUGAGAUGCGAGAUUUGACUUCGACGAAAAUCGAUACUUCACAGUUCAAGGUCCGGUUCGCCAUGCGGGGUCAUCUGGAUGUUGUUCGCUCGGUCAUUUUCACAGGAGGUGGCAGCCCAUCGGAGCCUGAGUUCUGCACGGCCGGCGAUGACGGAGUUGUGAAGCGAUGGCACAUUCCGGCCUCGUAUGCUCACAAUCUAUCUGUGAGCGACGACUUGGAUCGAAUUGCGCACUUCACUCAUCGCGGUCAUAUCGGUGCUGUAUGCUCGUUGGCAGCCUGUCCUGCAUCACCGAAUUUCUCUAGUGGCGGUCGAGCUGCCGGGGAUGGCUGGAUCUUUUCUGGCGGCGAGGAUGCUACAGUCAAAGUGUGGGAGCGUGGUCGUGUGGAUGCCAAAGCAACCCUGGAAGGCCACAAAGACGCCGUCUGGGCGUUGUGCUGUCUACCUGGCUUAACGGGGACUCUCCUCGGUGACCGAUGUUCUCAAUUUGGUGGACCCGACCGUGUCCUUCUCGUGGCCGGUGGUGCUGAUGGAACAAUCCUCAUCUGGGCAGUCAGCACACCGCCUCAGCUGAGUUCACCGCCUGCUGGAAGUCGCUCGGCACGAGGCAGCCGCAGAGCCAAUUCGAUAUCAGCCGGCUCCAACUUUCCCAGCUCGCCUCAGCCCAGCGUGGCCAGCGCUACGCCUUUCAACUAUUGCUUGGUGCACCGGAUAGAACGCGCAGAUAGACCAGCUCCGACCUCAAUCUCUCCUUUGGGUCCUCGCGGCGAAAGCUUUGUUGUCGGCUAUACCGACGCCAGCAUUCUAGUAUUCGACACGCGGACGGGUGAAGAGAUUGUCGGCAUGGCCAGCCAAGAAACCUACGAUGGAACUCGAAAUACUGGUGUCAACGCCGUUGUGGCUAGCAGCACCGGGUUUGACACCCGAGAUUCCCUUGCGCCGGGUCGGCGGGGGUCCAUGGGCGAAGAUGAUGUCGUGCAUGGCGCGACAGGCUCCGAUGAUGGAGUUGAAGGCGUUGUGAUUGCCGGAUAUGAGGACCGAUACAUUCGCUUUUUUGAUGCCAACAGUGGACAAUGCACAUAUACCAUGCUCGCACAUCCAUCGGCGAUUUCUUCCUUGUCUCUCAGUCCAGACGGCAAAGAGCUGGUGUCGGGAGGUCACGAUGCAAGUUUACGAUUUUGGUCCCUUGAGAAGAGAAGCUGUACACAGGAAAUUUCCAGUCACCGCAUCAUGAGAGGAGAAGGAGUCUGCAGCGUGGUCUGGAGUCCUGAUGGAAGAUGGGUCAUCAGCUGCGGCGGAGAUGGCGCAGUCAAAGUCUUUUCAAGGACGUGA